CGAGGGGCUGGAGGGAGAGACCCCCGCGAGCAGCCCAAGGGACGGGCAGAAGGGGCAGCUGGAGGAAGAGCCAGUGAAGGGUCGGUACAAGACCCAGCCCAGCUCAGCCCCCUGAGACCCCACGGGCCUGGGUACAAGCCAGAGCAAGGAGGAGGAAGGAGGGAAGAAUGGGCCCCGGGCUCCUGUCCCCCAGGGCCCCCCAGGAUUCAAUGAUGUUCAAGGAUGUAGCUGUGGACUUCACCUGGGAGGAGUGGGGCUACUUAGACACUUCUCAGAGGGAGCUUUAUUGGGAGGUGAUGCUGGAGAACUACAGGAACCUGGUCAGCCUGGGCUUGGCAGAUCCCAAAGUGGACGUCAUCUCUCAGCUGGAGGCAGGAGAAACACAUGGGAUUCCAGUGGAUAGUGUCCUAAGAACCUGCUGGCCAGAAUUCAGCAGCAUUUUUAUCCUGAAGAUGGAACUUGAAUUUUUUUUUUUUCAUUUUUGGAAAGCCAAAUGGACUUCUUCAGAAUAGGAGGUAGACAUAACAUCCUGCUCUUUGACACAGUGAUCAUACACUCCACUCCCAUGUCUCUCCCAGGAAUAGUAAUGUGCCUCAUGAAAGUUUAAUCUUGGUGAAUUCAAAGACAUUUCUGACACCUAAGGAUUCAUUUCAUUUGAAGUGAAAACCAUAUGUACGUCGCUCAUAACGCCAGAAUUUG